CUAGCUCAGCACCUUACGGGCUAACAACUUCUGGCCCCGCCCCAACCCGUAACCCCGGGGGCGGGGCUGGAGAACCAACCGGGUGAUGCUGGCAAACGAGUCGAUCCCAACGGGCGGAAGUCGGCCGGCCGGGUGGGACACGGAGGGAUAGGCGUGCAAAGCCGUUUCCGGUGGCUCGCUGUUGGCGGGUCCCUGAAGCGCCCCGGCCGGUGAAUAGGCGCAGUCGCUUCCCUUGUUGUCAGGGCAAGGGGCACUUGCCUCUCCUCCCCAAAAGGAUGGAAGGCGUGGGCGGCUCGGCGCUGUUGUGAAUGCCUGGCGGAGGACUUGAUCCCAGCGGAUGCGAGUUGAAUAGCCGAGCACCCCAGCUCCUCUAGCCUGCCCCCCGAGCUCCAGGGUUGAGCCUGGGUAAGGCUGCUUCCCUCCAAGCCUGGGGCUGGCUGCGGCCUCCCUAGUUCCUCGUGAGUAGUCACUUUCCGGGACCGUCUCUCCUCUCGUUUCUGCACCUGAAUGACCUGGAGUCGGUGACAAGAGGUUGACAGUGUUGUCACGGUUGUGGACUCAGAUGGCACCUCAGGAUUUGCCCUUCUGUAUCUGAGACCGCGAUUUCUCACUGGCUGUCCAAAUGCUGGAGCCUGAGAGGGGAACCCUUGUCUAGUGUUCACUGCUGCUUGGGUUAGCCAGUGGCCGGAUACCUCAGCCAAAAGCUACGUAGGAAGCCAGCUUCCUCCCUCCCAUUUUGACCAGACGGUGUCUGAGUCAAGGCGAGUGGAUCCCACCCUCCAGAUCUCAUGGAGACGGUGACAUUUGGCGAUGUGGCUGUGCACUUCUCUCGGGAGGAGUGGCAAUGUCUGGAUUCUGGUCAGAGGGCUCUCUACAGGGAGGUGAUGCUGGAGAACCACAACAGCGUGGCAGGACUAGCAGGAUUCCUGGUCUUUAAGCCUGAACUGAUCUCCCGGCUGGAGCAAGGACAAGAGCCGUGGGUCCUUGAUCUACAGGGAGCAGAGGGGACAGAGGCACCAAGGAUUUGCCAGACAGACUCCACUAUUAGAACUGAUCACAAGCAGACCUGUGAGUAUACAAACUUUCUCAGAAGGCAGAUUCCAGGCUUUGCAGACAAUUUGGAUUCUAAGGUCUGGUCAGAGAAUUGCCCAAGAAGCCUUGGGCUAAGAGUGAGUGGCCCAGUUUUCCAGAAGCAUCAUUUGAAUAGCGAGACCAUGAUGCCCAAGAACUUCACAGAGGAUGCUGUCCAAGAAUGUGAGGGGCUGCAGGCCACAGAUCUGGGUUAUCAACCCGAUGACCAGAGAGACCAUGGGAAGGGGACAUCAGAAAACUGUGACGUGUGUGGCAGAGUCUUUAGACCAGCUUUGAACCUGGAUCUAUAUGAGAUGAGUGUACAGGAAAGACCAUACAGAUGUCAGGGGUGCCAGAAAGCAUCACCUGACUGCGUACAGGAGAAAUACACAAGUAACUGCUGUGGGAAGAAGCCUUAUGGGUGUGAAGAGUGCGGGAAAGUCUUCAGGCUGUGUUCACAACUCAAUCAGCAUCAGAGAAUCCACACCGGAGAGAAACCAUUUAAAUGUGUUGAUUGUGGGAAGGGUUUCCGCCUGAGCUCAAAACUGAUCCAACAUCAAAGAAUUCAUACUGGAGAGAAGCCUUACAGAUGUGAGGAGUGUGGGAAGACUUUUGGUCAGAGCUCAAGCCUCAUCCAUCAUCAGAGAAUCCACACAGGAGAAAGGCCGUACAGUUGUCAAGAGUGCGGGAAAGCCUUCAGCCAGCAAUCACAGCUGGUCAGACACCAGAGGACUCACACUGGAGAGAGGCCCUACCCCUGCCAGGAGUGCGGCAAGGCCUUCAGCCAGAGCUCAACUCUAGCCCAGCAUCAGAGGAUGCAUACGGGGGAGAAAUCUCAAAUGCUGAGAGUCUCAGAGAGCCCAAGCCUUAUUGCCCAUCAGAGAAAUAACACUAUAGAGAAGCCAUUUAAGUGUGAGGAGUGUGGGAAAGCUUUCAGGUGGAUCUCUCGCUUGAAUCAGCAUCAGCUGAUCCAUACCGGAGAGAAACCUUAUAAGUGCAACAAGUGCACAAAAGCCUUUGGCUGUAGCUCACGACUGAUUCGCCAUCAGAGAACUCACACUGGAGAAAAGCCGUUUAAAUGCGAUGAGUGUGGGAAGGGCUUCGUCCAGGGCUCACACCUUAUUCAGCAUCAGCGAAUCCACACUGGAGAGAAGCCUUAUGUGUGUAAUGACUGUGGGAAAGCUUUUAGCCAGAGCUCCAGCCUCAUUUACCACCAGAGGAUCCAUAAGGGAGAGAAGCCAUAUGAGUGCAUCCAGUGUGGGAAAGCCUUCAGUAUGAGUACCCAACUCACCAGCCAUCAGAGGAUUCACACUGGGGAGAGACCCUAUAAGUGUAGCGAGUGUGGGAAGGCCUUCAGUCAAAAUUCAACCCUUUUCCAACACCAGAUAAUUCAUGCUGGAGUAAAGCCCUAUGAGUGUAGUGAGUGUGGGAAGGCCUUCAGCCGGAGCUCCUACCUCAUUGAACACCAGAGAAUCCACACUAGAGCCCAGUGGUACUGUGAAUUUGGGAACGCCACUGAAAGUUCCACCCUUUUGAACCAUAAAAAAGUGAACACUGUAAAAACGUUGCAUCAGUGUGAUGAGUGUGAGAAGAUAUUCAGGUGGCGUUCACACCUGAUUAUCCACCAGAGGAUUCACACAGGAGAGAAGCCUUACAAAUGUAAUGCCUGUGGCAAAGCUUUUAAUAGGAGCUCAAGGCUCACUCAGCACCAAAAAAUUCACUUGAGAUAAGUCAUUUACCUAAAUGUCUUAGCUACUUCUCUCUUGCUGUGAUGGCACCAGGACCAAGGCAACUUAUACGAAUUUAUGUGGGCCUUACAGCUUCUAAGAGUGGUAGUUUCAGAGAGUGUUCACGGCCAUCUUGGCAGGGAACAUGGCGGCAGGCAGGCAGGCAUGAUGCCAGAGCAGUAGCUUAGAGCUCACAUCUUGAGACAGCCAAUUACUAGAAGAGAACUAAUUGUAAAUGGCGAGUCUUUAAAAACCUCAAAGCUUGCCCCCAGUUACACACAUCGUCCAAGGACAUACCUCCUAAUAAUUCCCAAACAGUUCCACCAACUGAGGACCAAGUGUUGGAACAUAUGAGCCCAUGGAGGUUGUUCUCAUCCAAACCACCACACUAUAUAAGUAUGUAACUGUGAAUAAGCCAGAAGCCUUAUUUUAUUUGGGUAACUUAUGCUAACAGAAACUUGAGGGUGCCAGGGAAAAUUCAGAUUUGUUCUUAAAGAAUAGUCUACUUAGGAGAUGUUUUAUUUUAUUUCUGUAAUGUUUUAACAUUUUCCCAUUAAAAAAAAAGUGUGUGUCACA